AUGGAAGAGUCACCGGGAAUGGAUCGGGCGGAACCCACGCCGGAAGCGUCCCAAACUGUCGUGGCCUUGACCGACUCUGCUACGGAUGAGCCCCUACCGCCCCGGCGAAUGCCAUCCAAGCGAGCGUCUCUCCCUCCUCGUCCUCACGCUGCUGCCCGGCAUACAAAACGCUUGACCUUGAAUUUUCCCAUCAACAUCCCCCAGGGAGUAACCUUUGAUCCGAGUGCAACGUCCUCCCCGUCAGGAUCGAUGACGCCCGUUACCCGAUCGUCCGCACGACAAUCCCCCGCUCACACCAUUUCCACACCCCCCUUCGACGGCCAAGAUGACGGCACAAGUCUGUUGACAGCGAUCGCCUCGCAGGAGCGAAGGGUGCUGGAGCUACGAGAGGAACUACACCGGGCGGAAACCGAACUGAAUUCGUUGAAGAAGCAAUGGACGUCAUCGGAGAAGACAAGAAAGCGGACGGAGGUCACUCAUCAUGCGGAGGCUAUGCUGCCUCUCAGAUCUCCGGAUGCAGUACCCGGUGCGUCUCCGUCAAUUGCGCAUAGCAGGGAGCCAAGUACCAGCGGCAGCGCUAGUCCUGUGGUCCCGCCCCAAUUCAGGCUCAGCCGGGAGCUGGAACGGCGCCAGACCAUGCUCGCAGCCGCAGCUGCAAAUGGGACAUCUGUGUCGGCGAAUGGGAGACGAGUGUUUCAGGGGUCUCAUACCCGAGCCUUGUCACUACUUUCUCCCACAACGAGCUCUGUGAACAGCAAACAGCCAGGAUCUGAAACUGGUUCCGGCGAAGUGGAUGGCGAUCGUAUCGGCCGGCCUCCACGAUCGGCCACCAUGCCAUCCGUCGAUCGCACUCCUCCUGCGCCCACAAUGAGCCCAACCCAAGAUAUGGUUUCUGAGUGGCGGAAGACGAUGCCAGUGCCCCCUCCUUCGCGAGACCUACUCAUGCGGACUGGAAAGCAGAUGGCGUCGGAUCUAAGAGAGGGGCUCUGGACGUUCCUCGAAGAUAUCAGACAAGCAACAGUCGGAGACGAAGGGAUCAACGCCACCGAAUCACGAACAAUGCAAUCUUCCCGCAACCGCGAUUCGAGCUCGACCUCGCGAAGCAGAGACCGACUAUCUGUUCAAACUGGUAAAGCGUUGUCGCGCUCGCCCUCGGGAAGGAAGAGUCCGGGAACAAAAGCAACUGGUAAUGGCUCCAAGUCGGCGGACAUAGACGCGUCGUUCUGGGGUGAAUUCGGCAUUGAUUCUUCUGGGCAGAAGUCCCCAAACGCUCACAGAACACCUACAACCCCCAGCGGGCCGAACAACCACAAAGCCGAAGACCCCAACAAGCUCGACGUGGACGACGCCUGGGAUGAUUGGGAUACACCGCAGCCGAAGAAAUCGCACACGCCAUCUUCGAGCCGAUCCACCAUCGAGUCGAGACAGGACCAGUCUCCGGUCACACAGACGAGUAGUCCUCGUACGAGCGCUAGCUUCGACUGGCGCCGUGAUAUUCCUGACCCCAGCAUGUCGGACGGUAUUCCCUGGCCUGCAAUCACACAGACUGCACCGUCGAAACUCAGCAAUCUAAUGGCCGAAUGGGAGCGGAGUUUGUCCCCUUCACCAAACCGAAGUCCACUGGCUUCGCCGCCGCUCGACAAAGAUAGCAAGAAGGACUGA